GUUUGUCCACGCCUCCAUCCUUCCUCCUCCUCCUCCUCCUCCUCAGUGUUGGUUUACAUCUGACAGCAAGUGAAGUUUCCCCUCUUUAAAAUCGGCUUCAUUUCGACGCAUCUCUCUCUCUCUCUCCUCGCAAGUUUUUGAUCCUAUGAUGUGGAUUAAGGAGUAAAUAACCAUGGUGGUGAAUUCGGUGCACUGGUUUCGCAAAGGUCUGCGUCUGCACGAUAAUCCGGCGUUGCAGGAGGCCCUGAACGGAGCGGACACGGUGCGCUGUGUUUAUAUCCUGGACCCGUGGUUUGCCGGAGCUGCUAACGUGGGAAUAAACCGAUGGAGGUUUCUGCUGGAGGCUCUGGAGGACCUGGACAGCAGUCUGAAGAAGCUAAACUCCAGAUUGUUUGUAGUCAGAGGGCAGCCAACUGAUGUUUUCCCGAGGCUUUUAAAGGAGUGGAAAGUGACCAGGCUGACGUUUGAAUAUGACCCAGAGCCUUAUGGGAAGGAGAGGGAUGGAGCCAUCAUCAAGAUGGCACAGGAGUUUGGAGUGGAGACCAUUGUCAGAAACUCACACACCCUCUACAACCUGGAUAGGGUAAUAGAGAUGAACAACAAUAGUCCUCCUCUGACCUUUAAGCGGUUUCAGACCAUUGUGAGCAGGCUGGAGUUACCCAGGAGACCCCUGCCGCCCAUCACCCAGCAGCAGAUGGACAAAUGUCGUACUAAAAUAGCUGACAAUCAUGACCAGCUAUACAGUAUACCUUCGCUGGAAGAACUAGGUUUCAGGACGGAGGGUUUACCUCCAGCUAUUUGGCGGGGAGGAGAGUCAGAGGCCUUGGACAGACUCAAUAAACACCUCGACAAAAAGGUGUGGGUGGCCAACUUUGAGCAUCCUCGGGUCAACACAUGCUCUCUGUAUGCCAGUCCCACUGGCCUCAGCCCCUAUCUGCGCUUCGGCUGUCUGUCCUGUAGGGUUUUGUACUACAACCUCAGAGAGCUCUAUAUGAAGCUUCGCAAGCGUUGCAGUCCUCCCCUGUCCCUGUUUGGCCAGUUGUUAUGGCGGGAGUUCUUCUACACAGCUGCCACCAACAACCCAAACUUUGACCGCAUGGAGGGAAAUCCCAUCUGUGUCCAGAUUCCAUGGGACCAGAACCCAGAGGCUUUGGCCAAGUGGGCUGAGGGUCGGACUGGUUUUCCCUGGAUUGACGCCAUCAUGACCCAGCUGAGACAAGAGGGUUGGAUCCACCACCUGGCCCGGCAUGCCGUGGCCUGUUUCCUCACCAGAGGAGACCUGUGGAUCAGCUGGGAGAGCGGCAUGAAGGUGUUUGAGGAGCUGCUGCUGGAUGCAGAUUGGAGUGUGAAUGCCGGCAGCUGGAUGUGGCUGUCCUGUAGUGCCUUCUUCCAGCAGUUCUUCCACUGCUACUGUCCUGUCGGCUUUGGAAGGAGAACUGACCCCUCAGGAGACUACAUCAGGCGCUACAUCCCCAUCUUGAAGGAUUACCCAAACCGCUACAUCUAUGAGCCGUGGAACGCCCCAGAGUCGGUCCAGAAAGCAGCCAACUGUGUGGUGGGAGUGGAUUACCCCAAACCUAUGAUAAACCAUGCAGAGGGCAGCAGGCUCAACAUCGAGAGAAUGAAACAAGUUUACCAGCAACUCUCACAUUACAGAGGACUCAGUCUGCUAGCAUCAGUACCAACGAUCCAAGAGGAGGCAGAGCCACCCAUGACUGAUGAGUCCCAGACUAGCAGUGGCCCUGACUCUCCUCCCAGAGGUCCUGCCGACAGUGAAGAAGCUGGCUGCUCUACAGCUCCUGAUUCGUCCACAGUCUGUGCAACCUCCACCUAUUUCUCACAUCCAGACCCUGAGGACGCAGUAGACGGAUACGAAUCCCAAACACCUUGCAAUCCCUCUGGCUUACACACACAGCCCUCUGCAGCCAUAACAUCUACAUCUGCCUGCCAUCCUUCAUCCACAGCAGUUCCUCCCACCCAGAGCCCUCUCUCAAGGUCCAAACCUUCUUCGCCUUCCUCUUCAUGUCACAGCUCAUCCCCGUCUCCCAGUCCAGCCACACCUUCAUCUCAGACCUCUUCAUUGGGUCCGAGGAGGAAAGGCAUCACGCGCAAGAUGCGGCGCAGCCAGAGGCAACGUGGGCGACAGAGCUGCACUCCAACAACCAAGGAGGGAGACAGGAGGUCAGAGGAGGAGGAGAGGGAGGAAGCAGGGGAGGAGAGGAUGGAGGAGGACGCUGUGCAGGAUGAGGAGAGAAUGGAGGAGGAGACUUUUGGGGAGGCCGCAGGACAUCAGCAAUGAUACAAGGUGGGGGGAAAAACAGUCCUCAAACAUCUGUCUCAGACAACUGGAUCAUGAAGACAUUGGAGAGACGGGGUUCUGGAUAUGUGGACAAAAUAAAAAAUUAAUACGCAUGCAUACAACACAAAUGGAAGCAGUACAAAAGCAUUUUACUCACUCAAUCAUUAAAAACAUGGAAAUAGGACAGGGUAGCACCUUUUUAAAAGCUAAAUUAAUUAAUUAGAGCAGAACCAGUCCAAAAUUACUGUAAAUUAUCCAAAAAUAAUGCUUAUUUUAAGAAAUGGAGGAGGUCAUAACCCCUUCAAAUAUUAAAGAUGAGUAAUCUUCUCUUGUACAUUUCCAUCUCUGCAGCACACACACAGCUAAUAAGGAGCAACAUGAUGUACACACAAUGUCCACACUGAACCCAUACAACAUAGUGUGGCCGUCAGCAGUAGCACCUCUUUGCUUGUCCUCUUGCUUUUAUGAAUGUCCUAAACAAGGUGGUGCAGCAGGCUGAAGGUCACCUGUCAUGUCUCUACAUCAGACUCUCUGUGCUCCGUUCUGGAAAAGAAAAGUAACUCCGAGUCAUUUGAUAAAGCAGUGUAUUUUGACAUUUUGCAGGAAUGAUUUUGCAUAACUGUGGUUUAUGAGAUUUAAUAAGUUGUGGGUGACAGCAGAGUCCCAGAAUAAUGAUCUAAACCAGAUUAUUCUGGGUCCUAACCAGGCCAAAAACUAUCCUUAUUUAGAGGCUGACAGGAACACUAUUAGAGCUUCAGACAGAUUUAUUGACCUUUACUGAAAUGUUUUAAACUUCACUUUAUGUUGUAGCUACCUUUUUAAAUGUACAGCUGUGGGUGUUUUGGGCCUGCUUUUUUGUUGUUGUUGUUUUUUUUUAAAGCCACUUUUGACUCAAGGGGAAUAGAGAAGCUAUUUCUGUUCAAGCAUCCCUAAUGAUUUUGUUCAGGACAUUCUCCUGACCUUACACACAUGAAAACAAAACAAAAUACAAAGCAACAUCAUGGAAACUCAUUACAUUUUGAUAUGUAAUUGCCAGAUGUGAAUUUGCUAGCAUGUUAAUUAGUGAAAGGGAACAUUACAUUUUUAUAGUCCACCUCAACAAAUCAUGAAUUCCUGUCUGUUUUAGGAGGGUCACACAUCUAUGAAGGCUUAGCACAUUUCUAACUCAGACGAUGUAAAUUAAGAGGCAAAGGCAAGACCUUAACACAAGUUUUUGGAUUUGCCAUAUUUUUCUUUGACAAUUGAAAAUACUGCUUGUGUUGAAUGAAUGUAGAGAAAAAACAUCCAUGUUGUUCUCCCCAUGCACAGUAUUUAUCAGUUUGUAUAUAAACUGUGAAAGACCAUAACCUGUCUGUUUUACUAAUGGUCUGUUUAAGGGGGGUUCACAAUGGUUCGUAUCUGGUUUCUGCCUCAAUGUUUCUUACCAAAAGCAUCCACUUGAGGGGAGUAUACGCAACAAAUUCUGCACAUGGUCAGUGAACUAUUGAGAUUUAUCAGUUCUAAGUGGUAAAUUUAUUGAGGUUACACUUAAAGAAAUUUUAGUCUGAUGACUAUUUCCUGGAUUAAUCAACUAAAAACUGUUCCGUAAAAUCAUUUCUCAGUCUCUCAGAGAAAUGCCGAAAAGCUAGAACCACCCUACAUGUUUGCCAUUUUUUCUUGAUAAAACCAAAACGGUUAUUUAAUUAUGAAAAUGGCUACAGAUUUUCUACCAAUCAACUAGGUGAACAAUUGACUAAUUGUUUCAGCAGUUGAUUAAAUAGACCAAUUGUUUCAGAAAUGUGUCUAUUUAAUUUUCCUCAAAGCCUCUUGAGACAAAUUGUGUUUUGUGACACCCAUUUUUUCUAGUUCAGUAAACUUGACACAAUAUUGUCGAAAUCCUACAAUCUUUUUGUCUGGUUACAUUAGUAAAUAACUAUUGUGACAGAAAAUUGACAGUAAAUAAUCAGGUUUAAUGAACUGUACUUUUUACAAAAAAGAAAUUGUCACCACAUUGCAUAAACAUUGGCCAUUUUUUUUUCCAACUUCAACCCUGUGCAGAAAAAUCGGGCCAGACUAGCAGUUUGACUUUGUGAAACCCCCUCAGUGUUUCCUGGGUGGGUCAAAACUUUCCCCAGAGAGGUAUAAAGAUUCACAGCCUGUGCAGGUGUAAUACUGUUGGUGUUUAAGAUGAGUGGGAACUGUAAAGUUUGAAUACCAGAAAGUAAAAGGACAGAUCAACCAGUGGAAGCAUCAGUUCAGCUGACCACAGAUCAGAAUGGCCCACAGUUCCCAUUUAUCCUGAACACAGCACAAGCCCUGAUCAGAUGCUUGUGUUUUGCUGUACAUUCCAACUAACAACAGUAUGAUGCUCUGCAGGGCCAAAGAUCUGUCUGAUAACUAUGGGCUACAUGGAUAUUUAUUUGUUUUGUAUUGUACAAAAAGAGUUUAUUUUCAUUAAAAUUGCUGAAAGAAUUGUGAUUGAA